CAUUUAAAGCUUUAACUCUUCCCCACAAAAAAAGCACUGGUGCAGUCUGGGUUGGGUCUUUAUUGCGCGCUGCUUACUGGUAGUGUUCUCUGUGUACAUGGUACAGUGAUACCCUGUACAUUUUCACCCCACUUUGCGCACAAGGAGAGCCCAUGUCUUUCCUAUAGACAUGAUGAGCUUUGUGUAUUCAAGGAUUUGCCUUUUUCUGGUUGUCUCUGUGACUCAGGUUUUUAUUGUGAAAUGCCAGGACGGAAACAGUGGAGAUGACUUGGGCUGCACGGUUGACGGCCAGGUGUACACCAACCGAGACAUUUGGAAACCGGAGCCAUGUCGGAUCUGCGUGUGCGACAACGGCGCCGUCCUGUGUGACGAGAUCCAGUGCGAUGAGCUGUCCAACUGUGAGAAAGUGAUCAUCCCCGAGGGCGAGUGCUGUCCCAUCUGUCAGAGCGAGGGCAGCACAGACACCAGUGGCAAUGGCAGACCCGAUGGUGGCAGAGUCUACAGGGGUCAGAAAGGAGAACCUGGAGAUGUACCACAGGUGACUGGGAUCAGAGGUCGUCCUGGGCCUAUGGGGCCUCCCGGAUCUCCAGGAUUCAGAGGGGACCGAGGCCAGAAAGGAAGACCUGGGCUGCGUGGAUCUGCAGGAUAUGACGGAGAGCCUGGUGUGCCUGGAAACCCAGGAGAACCAGGGCCUGCAGGAAACCAGGGUCCACCAGGAGGACUGGGAGCUCAGAUGGCUGGAGGAUUUGGGGAUGAGAAAUCAGCCGGCCAAAUGGCCAUGAUGCCAGGAACUAGGGGAGAGGCAGGAGCAAGAGGACCUCCUGGGCCAAAUGGAAACCCUGGCCAUUCUGGACCGCAAGGACCCCAUGGGGAAGUUGGUGAUCCAGGUCACAUGGGUCAAUCUGGACAAAGGGGACCUGAAGGGCCACCAGGAAAGCCGGGUGAAGACGGAGAAGCAGGGAAAGCUGGAAAUUCAGGAGAGAUGGGAUUCCCUGGAUCAGCGGGAGCUCGAGGAUUUCCAGGGACACCUGGGCCUCCGGGAUUGAAAGGCCAUAGAGGUCACACAGGUCCAAUGGGUCUAAGAGGAGAAACUGGAACUGUAGGAUCCAAGGGAGCAUUAGGUCCCACUGGUCCAAUUGGCACACCUGGCCCUAUGGGCCCUAGAGGCAUGCCUGGGGAGAGAGGACGCUUAGGAGCUAAUGGAAUACCGGGUAUGAAAGGUCCUCCUGGCAACAUUGGCAAACCAGGUCCGAUGGGUCCAUUAGGUAUCAAUGGUCCCCCAGGAUAUCCAGGAAUUCCAGGAAUGAAGGGCCAACCAGGUGCCACAGGAGUGCGGGGCCCCGAGGGGCAACAGGGCCAGAGGGGUGAGACAGGACACCAAGGCAGGGCAGGGGCAAUUGGCCUACAAGGUCCUUCAGGAACUGACGGUGGCCCAGGUACUAAGGGUCCAGUGGGUACCAUGGGUGUGCAGGGUCCCGGGGGUCACCUCGGACCCCACGGUCCACCUGGACCUCAGGGAAGCACUGGACAGCCUGGGAUCAAAGGUCAACUGGGAGAUGUUGGUGUUCCUGGGUACAAAGGAGAGGGCGGACCCAAAGGAGAACCUGGUCCCCCUGGUUCCCAAGGAGUGAUUGGGCCCCAGGGUGAGGAGGGAAAAAGAGGAAAUCGCGGUGACUCUGGUUCAUUAGGACCACUGGGUCCUGUUGGUGAGAGGGGGUCUCCUGGUAACCGAGGUUUUCCCGGUGCUGAUGGAUUACCUGGACCUAAGGGUGCUCAAGGAGAUCGUGGAACAUCUGGCAUAUCUGGGCCUAAAGGUUCAGGAGGCGAUCCAGGGCGCACUGGCGAACCAGGCCUCCCAGGCGCAAGGGGUCUGACAGGUACCCCAGGAGUCCAGGGAGCCGAGGGCAAGCCAGGACCACUGGGCCCAGCAGGAGAAGAUGGCCGCCCAGGACCAGCAGGAUCUAUUGGAACCAGAGGUCCUGCAGGAACCAUGGGAACACCUGGACCAAAGGGCUUUAACGGAGAUCCAGGGAAAACAGGUGAACAAGGAUCUCCGGGAGUGGCAGGACAAAGAGGUCCUCCUGGGAAAGAUGGGGAGGUUGGCCCUGCAGGUCCCGCUGGACCUUCGGGUGUUGCUGGUGACAGAGGAGAACAGGGACCUCCCGGAGUGAACGGCUUCCAGGGAUUACCUGGACCACCAGGCCCCCCUGGAGAGUCAGGAAAACCAGGUGAUCUGGGUAUCCCCGGAGAAGGAGGUGCUGUGGGUCAAAUUGGACCAAGGGGAGAACGUGGAAUCCCAGGAGAGAGAGGAGAACUCGGACCUCACGGUUUAGCUGGACCCAAAGGAAUCCCCGGAGCACCAGGACCCGAUGGACCAAAGGGUAGUCCUGGUCCUCACGGUGGAAUUGGUGACCUAGGACCUCCUGGUCUUCAGGGGAUGCCUGGUGAGAGAGGGAUCUCUGGUCCUCCUGGGCCUAAAGGUGACAGAGGAACCGGUGGAGAGAAGGGAUCAGAAGGUACACCUGGAAAUGAUGGCGCAAGAGGUCUUCCUGGUCCUCUCGGCCCACCCGGACCCCAUGGACCCAGCGGUGAAAAGGGAGAAGCUGGACCUAAAGGCCCUCCCGGACCUCAUGGAUCAAGAGCGAUGCCUGGAAACCGUGGUGAACCUGGUCCUAUUGGUCCUGUUGGGUUUGGUGGGCCACCCGGUCCUGAUGGGCAACCAGGAGUCAAGGGGGAGCUCGGAGAGCCAGGUCAGAAGGGUGACGCUGGUUCUCCAGGGCCUCAGGGCUUAUCUGGAUCCCACGGACCUCCUGGUAUUGUUGGUGUGGCUGGACUGAAGGGCGGCAGAGGAACCCAAGGUGCACCUGGCCCCACUGGUUUUCCUGGAUCUGCAGGCAGGGUUGGACCACCAGGCUCAACUGGUCCCAUUGGAGAGGCCGGACCCCUUGGUCCCCCAGGGAAGGAGGGUCCUCCUGGCCUUCGUGGAGAGAACGGAUCCCCUGGAAGACAAGGAGAAAGAGGCCCCCCAGGACCAGCCGGAGGCCCAGGAGACAAGGGAGACUCUGGGGAGGACGGACCCACGGGUCCUGAUGGGCCUCCAGGUCCCGCCGGAACAACAGGACAGAGAGGCAUUGUGGGUCUUCCUGGUCAGAGGGGAGAGCGUGGAAUGCUGGGACUUCCAGGACCAGCGGGUCCUCCAGGGAAACAGGGGACUGCAGGACCAGGGGGAGACAAAGGCCCCUCUGGCCCGGUCGGUUCUCCUGGUGCCAACGGACCCCGUGGCGAUCCUGGUCCCGAUGGUCCUGCUGGAUCUGAUGGGCCGCCAGGCAAAGUUGGAGUCAUUGGUCAAAGGGGAGAGAGAGGGGACCAUGGUCCAGAGGGACUGAUCGGGACCCCGGGACAACCUGGAACUCCGGGUCCAGUUGGUGCCACCGGUGGUUCUGGAAAGAGAGGAGACGCUGGUUCCAGAGGACCAAAUGGUCCCCCCGGUUCAACAGGAAAGAGAGGGUUAACGGGACCACAAGGACCCAGAGGUGAUAAGGGUGACCUGGGAGACCACGGAGACAGAGGACAGAAGGGACACAGGGGAUUCACCGGUUUACAAGGUUUACCCGGACCACCGGGUACAACAGGAGAGCAGGGAGCAUCAGGAAUCGUCGGACCAAGUGGACAAAGAGGACCCUCUGGACCAGUUGGACCACCAGGAAAAGAAGGGUACAUCGGCCAGCCUGGACCAAUGGGACCUCCUGGAACACGUGGAAUUAGCGGCGAAAUCGGACCUGAGGGACCUCCUGGAGAGCCAGGCCCCACUGGUCUCCCUGGCCCUCCCGGCCCCCCCACAGCUGCCAUGGAUGACCUGUUUGGCGCCAUGCAAGACUACGAUGGCGGCCCCCUUCCCCCUCCCGAAUUCAAUGAGGAUGAGGCUUUGCCCAACAGCAAUGCCACCCAGCAGCUGGACCCAGGUGUCCAGGCCACUCUGAAGGCCCUCAGCAGCCAAAUCGACAGCAUGAAAAGUCCCGACGGCAGCAGGAAGCACCCGGCUAGGACCUGUGAGGACUUGAAGCAGUGCUACCCACUGAAGAAAAGCGGUGAAUACUGGGUCGAUCCAAACCAAGGAAGCUCAGAGGAUGCUAUCAAAGUACAUUGUAAUAUGGAGACGGGAGAGACUUGCAUCUCGGCCAAUCCUGCCAGCAUACCUCGCAAAGUGUGGUGGAGCACCUCAAGGAAUAAGCCUGUGUGGUUUGGAGCGGACAUCAAUAGAGGACAGCAAUUCACCUACGGUAACAAAGACCAGCCGGCCAACUCUGUCACGGUUCAGAUGACGUUCAUUCGUCUGCUCUCCAAAGAGGCUUCUCAGACCAUCACCUACCACUGCAAGAACACAGUGGGCUACAAGGACGAGUCGACUGGGAACCUGAAGAAAGCUGUCAUCCUCAAGGGGUCCAAUGACCUGGAGCUCAAAGCAGAGGGAAACAGCCGCUUCAGAUACACCGUGGUGGAGGACAGUUGUGGACAAUCCAAUGGUAACUGGGGCAAGACCGUGUUUGAGUACAGGACACAGAAAACAGCCAGACUUCCCAUCAUGGAUAUGGCCCCUGUGGACAUUGGUGGUUCAGAUCAGGAGUUUGGUAUCGAUAUUGGCCCUGUUUGCUUCCUUUAAAUUCCAACAACAACAGGAACGCAUUGAAGACAAUCCUGAGACUCUUGAACUAUCAGCUGACGCGAUCAGCCUUGUACAUACAAGUACUGCGGACUAUUCUCGCCUCGUGGCAAGAUAUUUAUUGUGCCUUUCCAACCAUUCCCCAUCGUAGUUGAUAUGUUUUCGCCCUGUGUAUGUUAGAUGAAUGUUUGGGGGAAACAAAGAACAAGUAAGCAACAUUUAGAAACUUUGCUUGCAUUUGACAAAUACAUUAUGUAAGGGAUAAUCAACGAGGGGCUAUGGGUUCUCUGGAAAAUAAUGAACAAUGUGGAAGGUGUGUUCCAUGAUGGUCUAGCGGAGUGGAACCAGCCUUCCUCUGAGUUGCAUUAUUUUCCAGAGAACGCAUAUAGCUCAGAAUUGAUUAUCCCUAUUAUACCAAGGCUAUAAUUUAACACAUUUACCUCUUGAAAUGUGUUAAAUUGAUGUAGCCAGAAAGUUUACUAGACAGCUACAAUAGUUGCCUUGGUAACCAAACAGACUUGCUAGUUUAGUUAACCAAACCAUCAAUCUUAGCUUGUUAUUAUGAAAAUCAAAUUCAACAAUGCCAAUAGUUCUUUUAAUUAGACUUUUGCUUUCAAAACCUGCUCAAACAUAGAACAUGUAAGAAUGAACUAAAGCCAUUGAAUUCUACCGUGCUGAUAUACCGUGCAUAAUAGAGAAAUAAUGCACGCUCUAGAAUGCCCUUCAAGCCAAUUAGAAAUGAGUAUUCAACAAAUGCCAUGGUAUAAGAACAUGAUAUUUCAUCUAUAUGGUACAAAGAUCCAAUCCAUUGAUACUCUAUUUGAUAUUAUGCAUAAAAGAUGAAAAGCUGCCGUAUGUCCUUGAUCAAUAUGAAUACUUAAAAAAUAUAUAGUCA